AUGGCUCCAUCAAAGAAAGACAAUAUGUCCGCCGCCGAACAGGCAGAAUAUAAUACGUAUGAAACACUUAAUCGUCUGAUUUUUUGGAAGAACGAGCUGAUAUCAGAUGAAAGUCGUCGAAGCAAGGCCUCGGCCGUCAACAAGGCGCGUCGAGAUGUAGGUGACCUCGUUGGUUACGACCAGGUCCCAGAUGCCGUCCGAGACCAGAUGGAUGCUGCUCUCGUUGCAGCCAUCGAGCCGUAUUACACCACCACCUCCUCCUCCCGAGUCGAGGGAGCUCGCACUGCGGGCAUCAAAGCCGCUGCUGCGGUUGCCGGUCUUGACCCCAACCAGCGCGUGUCUCGUCCCUCCUCUGCUGGCCUCGGCGCUGCUCCCGUUGCAGCUGGUCCCUCCUCCGUCGUUCCUCCUCCUCCUCCUCCUCCUCCUCCUCCGGCUGGACCCGCCCCACUCGCCGCCGCACCACCACCACCUCCUCCCACCGGUCCCGUCGUCGAUGUUCCACGUUCUGGCGAAGGUCUCGUCCGAGCCUUCAAUAUUGCCAGCGGUCCGGGCGGAAACUGGGAAGGAUUCGUCGCAGCUUUUGCUACUCAUUUUCCUCCGAACACCGACCGCUUCCUGGUCAUCCUCCAGCUUCGCGCUGCUUUGGGCUUAUUGCCACACCAAACCAGAUAA